UUUAAAUUUUCGUCCGUUGAAAAAAAAAAGAGAGAAAAAUUCGUAGACCGAUCUGAUAUAAAGUCUUGCAUAUUUUUGAUCGCCAAAAACACCGGGAAUUGCUCCAAAAGCGGGGCCGAUUAAUGGGUAAAAUGGAACAGGAGUUUUCAGCAAAUGAUGAAUUCGUAGAGUGAAGAACGAAGAUCAGACUACUGAAAAAGCUAAUUCAUCGCGCCUAAUCAGUAGACUCUACUGCGGAUUUCAUAAUCCAGGUUUGGGAGGAUCACCUGACUUAGGGUUAUGUUUUUCUAUUUCAAUCAAUGUCUUCUGCCGUCACUUUGUAUUCCUCGUUGGAUUCAUUUCGUUUCUGCCUGAAUCAAGUUUUGAUGGAUGAUCAGUACUCAUUAUCUUGGGGAAACUUUUAACUAGAAACAUGGAGGAGGACAACGGGCUUGAGCUCAGCUUGGGUUUGUCUUGUGGGGGAUCAUCGGUCAAGUCUAAAGGGAAAAAUGCCUGCUUUUCUGAUGAUGGAACAGAGGAAAGUGAUAGAAGCAGUAAAAUAAUUGAUGAUUUCAAGAACUUCCUUCAAGGUGGCAACCAGAGAGUUGAUAUGGGCCCAGGUCUCUUGAGAAGUGACUCAAUAAAGGUUAAAGAUAAUUUUUUUAAUGACCUUUCCCGGACUCAUACAGAUGGAGAUAAUUCUCUGAAUUUGAAGGCCACUGGAAUUUGGGUAACGAAAAAUGAGAAUCCUAUAGACAAUCAGGAAGAAAAACAGUCAGAGUUGAGUAAUAAACGGAAGAUAUUUUUUGAGGAGAUAAACUGCCAAAAGAAGCAUGAAGGAGAUUCCUGUCAGAAUAAUUUAGAAGACAAGGUAAAAGCAUCACGCAAUUCUACAACUGAGGAUGGUUCUGCAGCCGAAAAUGAGGAUGUUGGAGAGUCUGAACUUGAGGUUGAGGGUUCUACGUCAAGGCCAGUUUCACAAAAUGAGGGAUAUGCUGAGUUAAGUACUACGGACUUGAGUGGGCAGAAAAAGUUUAACGGUUCAUCAGGGAGUGAUAUCGAGCUUCAUAACUUCAACAGAAGCGUUCCAUUCUCUAUUCAAACUAUAAGUUCACGGAAUGGUAUUUCUCCUCCAAUAGUCGAAGAUUCUCACGAUGCAGGUGCAUCCAGUUCAACUGGCCAUUCUCUACACGGCAUAAGGCAAGUAUUCCUUGCCAGAAACGGUGAGCAAUGUGGGGUCCAGCCUAUGAAUCCUGGAAACUUUCCUUUGAUGUUUGGCUAUUCUUCUAGCCAGCUUCCAACUUUAGAUAAAGAUAAUUCCCGGGGUUUGAUUUCCCAGCCACAGUUGCAUAAUCCCUGUAGCAGAGGUCAACCUUCUUCGGGAAUUCUUCCUAAUUCAGCUGAAGUUACUCAAUAUGAUGCCAGGACGUCAGGCCAGGAGAAAGUUGAUAAUAACAGCAGACACCCUAUAGUCGAAGAAGGAUCCUCUUCUCAAGCAGGGGUUAAAGGAAACAGCAGUAGCCUUGGGACUAAAGAUGCAUCUGAACGACCAGCCGGAGGUUCAUUAAAUGAGAUUUCUGCUAUAAAGCCAGGCCUCGCUGCUGAUGUCAAGUUUGGGGGAUGUGGUUCUUUCCCUAAUCUACCUUGGGUUUCUACCACGGGUCCCGGUCCAAAUGGUCGAACGAUUUCUGGUGUGACAUACAGAUACAAUGCAGACCAGAUUAAGAUUGUUUGUGCUUGCCAUGGUAUACACAUGUCUCCAGAGGACUUUGUUCGACAUGCUAGUGAAGAGCGCGUCAUUUUGGAUAACGAAGCUGGUUUGACUCCAUUUUCAAGUAACAACCCUUCAACCUCUACACAAAGUUGACUCAUAGCGUCUAUGUUUGCAUAGUUAGGAAUUCUGUUGUGGAUUGAAUUCAACAACCUCUAAACAAAGUUUGACUCAUAGCGUCUAUGUUUUUUUUUUUUUUUUGUUUGCAUAGUUAGGAAUUUCUCUUGUGGAUUGUAAAUCAAACAACAUUCCUUGUGUUAUCCCCCCUUCCAAAAGAAUCACUUUUCUCAUCAUUUUUCUCUUGAACAUUUCAUUAAUCUUGAGGAGCUGAGGAAGUUUUUGUUUUAA